UGAAAGUAACAGGAGAGACUUGCUGUGCAGCUUAAGAGAGUCCUGUGUUCCAGCUAUGGAUUUCCUCUUAAAUAUACUUUGUCUUUUGUGUCUGUGCGCAGGUGUGCAGUGUGUCAGCAACAUACGCUCCCUAAACUGUUGGUUUUCUGACCAAGAAUCUUUCAAAGAUGAUAAAGGAAAUCCUGACAUCAAGUUCAUCCACAGAGUGGUUUAUCUGAAGUUUGAUCAGAAAGGAGACGCUCCUGUGAAUCCAGACUCCGUCACUUUCCUGCUCACUGGAACUAAUUUAGACCUUCGGCUGCACUUGGAGGAAGCAAAGGAAGAUGAGCUGAAGUGUGAGCUGCAUCGCUACAGUACAAGCGGCGUCCAUGUCCCGUGGCCUCGUCAAGAAACUCAGGACUAUAACCACUGGUACAACUACAUCAUCAGACACAGACUUUUCACUGUCACCGGUUUCCUCAGACAGCCGUCCCUCCUGCCUGCUCCAGGACAGCAUGACUACCACAACUGGACGGUGAUCAAGAAUGGAGACGUCCUCACCACAACAGUUGCUCUGAUCAUGAAAACAAAGACUCCAGAAGUGAAAACAGCCCUGGGGUCCAAAACGAAGCUCGACUGCCAGUUUGUCAUUGACCAUGAGGGAGCAGACUACACUGUGGAGUGGUCCUCUCAGAUCAAUACACGGAGGACACAGCUCUUCAGCCACAACAGCCGCUCAGGGGUGACUAAAGGGACCGGUGUUGAUCUGAAGGCUCUUAAGAAAGGAGAUGCCUCCUAUGACCUACCUGCCGUCGAUAAAGUCAGCACGGGGACCUUUACUUGUUCACUGUCCAUGAAUCCCGUGGUCACCAGUCUGAGGAUAGACUGGACCAUUGAAGAGAAACCUGAAGUUUCCCUGACUGUGAAAGAUGUGCUCUCGAUUGAGAACGGAAAAUCUCAAAGGAUUGCUUGUCUCGCAGAUCACUACUACCCUCUGGAAGUACAGAUGGUUUGGUAUCGGUACAAACCGGCAGCAUUGAGCCAGAAGGACCCUGAUGUUUUAAAUAAGAUGCACCCCGGCCACCUAACUAACCAUGACGGCACUGUCUCCCUGUUGUCCUACCUGGACCUUCACCCUUCAGUGCAGGACUCAGGGACACAGUUCAUAUGCAGUGUCUUCCAUCAGUCACUGAUGGUGCCUAUCAGAAAGACCUUCAUAUUAAAUGUUGAAGAUCCAGUCAGAAAUCUUUUCAUCUUCGAGGUCGUCUUUUGUGCAGCCAUAAUAUCAGCCUUUCUGUACAUGAUUUGCAACAUGCGUUCAGCCAGAAGACGGCGGCUCGGGUUGCUGCCCUACUGAUUGGUGCUGGUGACCUGAAAAGAGCCUCGUCCACCACAGAGAAGGACGAUCUUCUACCUUACUCCGCACACCUCAGGGUCUCUAUGUUUUCACUGCUGUGGGUUCUGUUGGUUUGUUGGUUAGGGUGAGAUCUUAUUCUGGAUCCAGAAGAAAAGUUUGGAUUGUGAUUGUUUUUUAAUUCAGCUUUACUGGCUGAUUGGCUCAAUGGUGAGAACAGAAGAGAUGCGAUCUCAGUGACUUUCGGAUCAAUUUCUGGAAACUAAAUCCAUAAUAGAAUGUCAAGACUUGUAAUAUGAGCCAGCUAAAUAAGGGUAUAUAGAUUUAUCAUGGAUAAGGGGGAAAUAGUCCUGGCAGGUGGAGUAAUGAUGACUUGUUUUUAGUUUGGUUUUUUGUUGACUGCUGUUCUCUCUAACUCCUUCUGGAUCACUCUCGUUAUGCUGCAACAAUCAUACUUUGUCGCUACGAUUUCAAUUCCUGAAGUGUUUUCCCCUCUCAGGUCUGAUUUGCUGUAAGAUUACAGCAAAGCCAAAUUGUGGCACACAUGCCUACUCUCACCUCCUUUCAUAAUCCUUUCAAAUAGAUAUUUUAGAUUCCAGAAGGUGUCUUGUCAGUUUGCUUUGGCAUGUGCAUAUUUUAUUUCAGAAAAUCCCUGGGACUUGGUUUUGGGACGUUUCACUGUCAUGGUACAAGUCGGUAUCAUUAAAAGAAGCAUAUUUGCACUAUUUUUCUUUGUAAAUGUGAACUUGUGUAGAUUUUGUAAAAGGAUGUAUGCAGCUUUUCGUUUGCACUCAAACUCUGUACUGAAUUGUGGAGUUGAUCUAAAAAUUGUAUUUGAAUGUUGUGAUGCUGUCGCAUGAUGUGACUCAUGUAUUUCAUUAAACAAGGUUGACAUCUUACACACCAGUGCACCUAAUAAUUUCUGUAUUUGAUAAGCUGAUUGUUUUUGAGGUUGCGCUAUGCUUUGAGUGAAUAAUAAAUGUGUUCUACUGACAAACA